AUGUGUUUCUCCAUUGACAGCCCUGAUAGUUUAGAAAACAUCCCAGAAAAAUGGACUCCAGAAGUAAAGCAUUUCUGUCCCAAUGUACCCAUUAUCCUGGUUGGAAACAAGAAGGAUCUUCGGAAUGAUGAGCACACAAGACGGGAGUUAGCCAAGAUGAAGCAGGAGCCAGUAAAACCUGAAGAAGGCAGAGAUAUGGCAAACAGGAUUGGCGCCUUUGGGUACAUGGAGUGUUCAGCAAAGACCAAAGAUGGAGUGAGAGAGGUUUUUGAAAUGGCCACGAGAGCUGCUCUGCAAGCCAGGCGUGGGAAGAAAAAAUCUGGGUGCCUUGUCUUGUGAAACCUUGCUGCAAGCACAGCCCUCAUGC